AUGACAAGUUGGUGGAGACGCACGUCCAGAUACCUCUCGUCCCACUCCAACUUCUUCGUCGUCACCGGCGGCCUCGUGGGCGGCGCCUACCUCCUCUCGCAGUAUGCCAUCUCCAAGUUCCAGCAGAUCCAAGAAAAGCUCGUCAACGACAAGAAUGCAAAGGAAAACCUCCGACGAAGAUUCGCGCAAAAUCAGGAGGAUUGUACCUUCACCGUCCUCGCACUCCUCCCAACCCUAGGCGAUCAGCUUUUUGCGAAACAUGACGUAGAACAACUCACCGAAAGCUUGCGCUCGCAAGCAGCACCUCCAGCUCCAACCACGAUCACCUCCGACGCACCGCAACUUUCAGCAGCCGAACCAGCUCCUUCAGCAUCGAUAGCCGCUUCAGCCUCCGAUCAGCAGGAUCCACAGCCGUCGCAAACAGCUCAGCUCCCGGCUUCCGAACCUCAACCAACGCCUGAAACCUUGCCUCAUCCAGACGCUCCUUCGCCCCAACUUAACCCACUCGCAAAGACUUUUGUUCCAGGCGUAGUACCCGCGCCUGCGCCGUCCUCGCAGCCUUCCACGGACGCUGCGCAAGCCAAUGGCCUCGAAGCUGCUCCCGACGCUCCUGUCGUCCCAGGGGCGACGCAACAGCUCCCUCCAGCCCAGUCCCCCGACGCACAACCCACUGGUUCGCCACAAACCACAACCGAUAACGACGCAGAGCAGCUCGCGCAAACCCAGUCGUCGCCAACAGUAUCGGCCGUCCUUCCUCCAUCCUCGGAACAACCCCAUGUCGAUGCUCAGCAGCAACGCUCCAAGAUCAUCGCAGACAGGCACGCCAAGCUCCGUCUCUGGAACGAUCUCAAGCUCACCUCCUUCACCCGCGCCAUCACCUCGCUCUACUGCGUCGUCCUCCUCACCCUCCAGACACACAUCCAGCUCAACCUCAUCGGCAGAUUCGCCUAUCUCGCUUCCGUCGAGGCGCUCGCUCGCGAAUCCGACGACCCCUCCGUCCUCGCAUCCGCAUCCCAUCUCGACUCGUCUCGUGUGCUUGACCACGACACCGAGCGCCUCUACCUCACCUUUAGCUGGUGGUUCCUCCACCGAGGCUGGAACGCCUUGUCAGAUCGCGUCGCCGACGCCAUCGCCAGGACUUUCUCGCCCCUCUCCGUCAAGGCACAGCUCUCCUUGACCGACCUCAAGGCUCUCGUCAACGAUGCCCGUUUCAUCAUCGAACACGAGCCAUCCGCCAACGCCACCAAUACCGCUGACCAGCCCGCCUGGAAGCGCUCCCAUUUCCUCGACGUCCUCUUCCCCAACUCCACAGACCACGAGGCAGACGUCCUCGUCGGGGCAGGCGCACUCGAUGGCGACGCCGCAAUCUACGCCCUCGCCACCAACGACAAGCUCAGAGCCCUCUUGGACGAGACAAAGGACAUCAUCGAGUCCCAAGACUUUGGCACCAUCCUCUCCCUCUGCUUCGACCGUGUCUUUGAAACCUUUUUCGACAGUCUCUGCCCCACCUUUGGCGUUCAAAAGUCCGGCAGGACCGACUCGACCGUCCAGGUGGAGCCACUGUCCGCACUCGAGUCGCGAUUCCAAGAGAUCACGGACGAGAUGCAGCACGGCAAGCGUGUUCGUCUCGCCUCCCUCUUCCCCCUCGUCUCGAGGCAAAGUCAGAUGGCUAUUCGCGGCGUACCAAACGAGUACAUCGAGGUCCUUGCCGACGCCAAAGAGCUCCGGGCUUUCUCCGCCGUCUUAUAUGCAGCCUGGUCGCCCAUGUAG